AUGCCAGUACUCAAAGCUGUGCGCGGUUGGCUAUGGGACCGGCGGAGGGGAUUGUUAACAGCUGCUGGAUUUUUCGGGGGUUUCUAUUUAAUGGCGCAGUACAUUUGGGGGAGAUUGGAAGAGAUGCGCGACAAAGUCAUCCAAGAUCGAGCUGCGAGGGAAAACCUCCGGAAACGUUUCCAACAAAACCAAGAGGAUUGUAGCUAUCAUAUUCUUGCCCUCUUGCCGACCCUAGGAAAUUCCAUACUAGAAGAAAUGGAUGUAGAACGAAUCACUCUUCAACUCCAACAAUCACGCACGACCACAUCUCAGGCGAAGAAUUCACCUUUGAGCGCCGCCCAUUUACAGCCUGAAGGGCCUUCGAGGGGAUUAUCCGACUCUGUAAUAUCCGAACCUACAAGCACAGCUGCGAGCGACUUGACAGACGAUGGACCCCACCCACCUCAUUCCCGCCCCCAAUCAUCCUCGUCAGCACCUCAUGUAAACCCAUCAUCUCAUUUCCAACCGCCACCUCCAGGAGCUUCUGCAACAUCCCACGCCGGUCCAUCGUUCGAUACUUCCGGAAUGCAAUCUUCGUCUGCUGGCCUUGAUUGGGUCACAGAGUUCCGAGCACAGCAGGCGCAGCUCGCAAGGUCACUAGCAUUGACAGGCGCCGUGGAUGGAAGUCCAACUAGCAGUCACGAGACAGGGUUCAGCGAUAGUGGCGUAAGUGGGGGCUACGUUACUGAGGGCACAGAGAGCGAAAUAUCCAUCGAAGGGAGCGUUGCAGAGAGCGGCGUCCUGGUUGACGCUUCCUCGGUAAUAACGCGCCAAUCUGCUGCACCAGAAUUGAUAACGUUCCAGCCUCCUUCUCCCGAAAUACAUAAACACGUGCCCUUGACAUCAAAGGAAAAGACAGAGUUAUGGCGUGAGAUGAAAGUAUUAGCUUUCAGCCGAGCUCUAACGAUCAUUUAUACUACAACCUUGCUCGCACUCCUGACUCACAUCCAACUUAAUCUCAUAGGGACUCGGAAAUAUGUCGAGUCUGUCCGUCAACUUGCUCGAGAGGCACGUCAAGCUGAGGAAGUCACUGCCAACUUUUCCAUUGGUGGUUUGUUUUUUGGCGAUGGUCCUGGUGAGGACGAGGAUGAAGAAGAGCCUGGACGUUGGGAAGGCGGUAUUGAUGAGUUAGAAUCACUCACGGAGGAGACUGAGCGCAAGUUUCUGACGAUGAGUUGGUGGUUGCUUAAUGUGGGUUGGAGGGAUGUAGGGGAACGAGUUAGAGAGGCUGUCGAGAAUGUUUUUCAAAGCGUAUCCCUCAAAGCAAAUUUGGGUCCGCAAGAUGUCGAGCGGUUAAUAAGUGAGGUACGGAAAAGGGUGGAAUUUGAGAACGAAUCCGACGGAGCGGACAUCUCAGCCGAGGCACGUCGUGUAAACUUCCUCCGAGCACUUCUCCCACCAUCUUCUCAUUCCGAUCAUGAAACAGAAUUUGUUCUCCUCCAAGGCGGACUUUCUUCCCAUGACGCCUACAUAGACCCGAUGCUCCGUGCAUUACUAGACGAGACUUCUGCCUUCGCAUCAAGUGCAGAUUUCGGUGUCGUACUUGGCGUUGCAAUCGAAAGAGGCGUAGAAGCGUUGAUGCGCAAUUUGAGAGAAAACGUUUAUGGGAUGGGAAGCCACGAAGGUGGGGGGGAUUAUGAUGAGAGUGGGAGAGGGGUCGAAGAAAGGGCCGAGAAGGUGAGGCUUGCGGCGAUAUUGCCGGGAGUAUCUCGGUGGGCUCAUUUGGCGGUUAACGGAAUUCCGAAUGAACUUGUCGAGGUGAGUGGCGAGCGCAUGGUUCUGUUCCCCCUUUCUGGGCUCUUCUGA